AUGCACACCACACCACAUCACAUCACAUCACAUCACAUCACAUCACAUCACAUCUACCUAACCUAUUUGUAUACUCAAGAAGAAGAGGAGGAGGAGGAAGAGGAGGAGGAAGAUGAUGAAGAAGAUAAUAAUGAUGAUGAUGAUGAUGAUGAUGAUGAUGAUGAUGAUGAUGAUGAUGAUGAUGAAGAAGGGUUUCUAGGUUCAGGUGGGGGUUGGGGUUGGUUUGGGGAGGGGGAUUGGGGGGUAGGUGAGGAUGUGAGGAUUUGGGGAUUUGGGGAUUUGGGUGGAGAGGGAGUGUAA